GGGUCACCUCUGCGCGGCUGAGCCUGCCGCGGCCGCAGGGCUGCGAAAGGGAAGGCGGAGGCUCCAGGGGCGCUGCCAGAAGGGCUGCGGUGACAUUGGAAGGAGACGCUCCCCGGGGCGGCGCCGGAGGGACGCGCGCACACACACACACGCACACAGAGAGGAGCGCCCGUGCCCGCGGCGAGCGCCAGCCGCAAACUCGCCCUCCCGGGGGGCAGCAGAGGGAGAAGGGAGGGCGAGCUGGGUUCUGGGGAGCUCAGCCUUUCAUUUCCUCUCGCUGCUGGACUAUAAAUAGCAGCGCUCGCCAGGCACCGAGCGACACACGCACGCACCGUGGGAAGGUGCCGCGCCGGUCGCCCCGGCUGCCGGCCAGGUGGACUAUACUGGAAGAUGAACUGUACUGGAUCCACCUAGUCUGGGUCCAGUAACUCAAUGCCAUGAGAAGGUGUUGACCUUCAUAUCUGCUGCUUAGAUUUUGCUCAGCUUCAACAAACUAACUAGCAUCAUCGUUGUCCUCCUCCAUCUCUUACUUAUCUCCAUCCUCUUCCCCAUGAGAUUCAAUGCUAAAGAUAUGGCUUUGCUGGCCAAGCGACCGUCAGGUUGUUUUGACAAGGAAGGAAAACUGAAGAUUUGCAGAGUGGUUGGGAAUGAAAAAUUACUAGAACUGAGAGAGAGAUGGUGCCGACUGAAAGGAAAUCUGCUUUUUCUAAUGAAAAAUAAGAGUUCUGAAGCCUCUGAAGUGGUAAUCCUGGAGCGCUGCUGGAUUGUAGAGUUCAGGAGCAAAACAGAUGUUUCAAUAGUUCUUAAGUUUCAGAGUGGAGAACCGGAUCUUUACCUUGAAGCUGCAUCAAAGCCAGAUUGUGAAUCUUGGGCUGUGGCACUGGGAGAAGCUAACUCGGAACAUUUGCAGAAUAAAAUUCAGCAGCUCCGAAGGCUGAUCAUGGAAAUCAAAGAGGAGAGAUCAUCAGAUGAAGCACGGCAGUUUCUCCCUUCAUCCCAAGUAGACAGUCUAGGAGAGCCACAGUUUACAAGUAUUCAGAGAAUUUCGAAUGAGCCGAAGCUGGAGUUCAGUCUCGCAUGCAAGGAUCUAGUGGCUGCUACCCGUGAUCGGAAGCUGAAUACAUUUAUACAAGUCUCGGUGGUACAUCCUGCAGAGCACAUUCUGACGAGAUAUUCAAGCACGGAAAUCGUGGAGGGUACAAGAGAUCCACUGUUUUUGACUGGUGUGACUUUCCCACCGGAAUACCCCAUCUAUGAGGAGACUAAAAUAAAACUAACAGUCUAUGAUGUCAAAGAUAAAUCUCAGGACACGGUCCGUACCAGUGUCCUUCCUGAUAACAAAGAGCCAAGAGCAGAUGUUGGACGAAGCUUCCUGGGCUGUACAUCUUUCAGAGUGGGAGACUUGGUGAAGUCAAAAGAACAACAGUUGACCCUUACCCUCAGGACAUCUGAUGGUGGAAAGACUGUUGGUACCAUUGAAGUCAAUCUUGUGAAGAUGGGAGAGCUAGAGGAUGGGGAAACAGACCACGUCACAACAGAUGCCCAGGAUCAAAAGUGUGCAUUGGUUCGUGAAUGUACAGCCACUGAAGGCAUAAGUGGUAAAGACAACUUGCCUUCUUUAAAUGCAGUGUUAAAAAACCCAGUCUGUAAGUUAUAUAGAUUUCCUACUUCUGACAACAAGUGGAUGAGGAUCCGGGAACAGAUGGCUGAGACCACUCUCUCUUUCCAUGUUCCUAAAGAACUGAUCAAUCUACAUAUAAAGGAGGAUAUGAGAAGGAAUCAGGAACUUAAAGACUUGGGAGAACUUGCUCCUCACUGGGACAAUAUGCGCAAAAGUGUUAUUGCUCACUGUGAUCAGAUGUUGAGUAUGUACCAGGAUACUCUUGCUGAGCUUGGAAAGCAUACAGGUUCUUCCUUCAAAUCAAGCUGCAGCAAAGGAGAAAAAACAUUAGAAUUCAUCCCAAUAAAUCUUCAUCUGCAAAGAAUGCAUGUGCAUAGUCCUCGAUUGAAAGAUGCUCUGUACGACGUCAUCACGGUGGGAGCCCCGGCAGCCCAUUUCCAAGGAUUUAAGAAUGGAGGUCUCCGAAAACUGCUGAGUAAAUUUGAGGCAGAAAGACGAAAUACUGGAUACCAGUGUAUUUACUAUUCACCUGAAAACACAGCCAAGGCAAAAGAAGUUCUCAGCAACAUCAAUCAUCUACAGCCUCUCAUAUCAAGCCAUGCAGACCUGCUGCUUAAUUCUGCAAGCCAGCAUUCUCCAGACAGCUUGAAAAAUUCUUUAAAGAUGCUUUCAGAAAAAACAGAGUUAUUUGUGCACGCAUUUAAGGAUCAGCUGGUCAGAAGUGCCCUUUUAGCACUAUACACGGCCCGGCCCGGAUGUGUCCUCAAGAAACCAGCUGUGCCUAGAAACAGCGCAGAAGAGGGGGGUGAUUUACAGCAUCAUCAGGAUCAUCCUUCGCAGAUUAAAAGACAGGACUCUAUACCCCAUCAUUCUGAGUAUGAUGAGGAAGAGUGGGACAGGGUGUGGGCCAAUGUUGGAAAGAGUUUAAACUGCGUAAUUGCCAUGGUGGAUAGACUGCUUGAAAAAGACAGCAUCAGCAACGUUAAAGAGGGUGAAAGUGACUCUUCAGCAGCAGAUUCCAAGGUGUUGCAUACAGGUGGUGACUGGUAUGAACAGCUUUAUCCCCUGGUGAUUACGCUGAAGGACUGCAUGGGCGAGGUAGUGACGAGGGCGAAGCAAUCAAUGGCGUUUGUUCUGCUCCAGGAACUUGCCUGUGGUUUGCCACAAUGUUUAAUGCUGACCCUAAGAAGAGAUAUCGUCUUUAGUCAAGCACUUGCUGGAUUGGUCUGUGGGUUUAUAAUCAAAUUGCACACAGGUUUACAUGAUCAAGGAUUUUUACAACAGCUUCAUACUGUUGGAUUGCUUGUGCAAUAUGAAGGACUCCUUAGUACAUAUAGUGAAGAAGCAGGAAUGCUAGAAGACAUGGCUGUGGGAAUUUCAGAUUUGCAGAAAGUAAUGUUUAAAGUCAUUGAAGCCAAAUCAGAAGAUUUUUUGCCUAUUAUAACUGGAAGGCGUGAACAUUACAUUAUAGAGGUCCAGCUUCCAGCAAAGAUGUUUGAGUUGCUGCCACAGGAGAUUAAAGAAGGAAAGCUACUUCGCAUGUAUCCAGUACUCUUUAAUGUUGGAAUCAAUGAACAGCAAACGCUUGCAGAGAGGUUUGGAGAUACGACUUUACAGGAAAAUAUUAACCAGGAAAACUUACAACUUCUAAAAGAAUAUUACAAGCUGUUUACAGAAAAAAUGCCUCCUGAUUGUCUACCACAUUUUCAAGAACAAAAUGAUUUAAAGGGAUUGCUAGAAAAUCUCCAUCAAAAUAUCCAGACCAAAAAAAGAAAGAAUGUAGAAAUCAUGUGGCUGGCUGCAACGAUUUGCCGUAAGCUGAAUGGAGUCCGUUUCACCUGUUGCAAAAGUGCCAAAGACCGGACAUCCAUGUCAGUGACGCUGGAGCAGUGCUCCAUUUUGAGGGAUGAGCAUCAGCUUCACAAAGACUUCUUUAUUCGGGCGCUGGAUUGUAUGAGAAGAGAAGGAUGCCGCAUAGAGAAUGUACUGAAGAAUGUCAAAUGCAGAAAGUAUGCAUUCAACAUGAUACAGCUGAUGGCUUUCCCAAAGUACUACAGACCUCCAGAAGGGACAUAUGGAAAAGCUGACACCUAAAGUUUAACAAAAAUGUUAUCAGGAGCAUACAUUAUGCUAAUUAGUGAAUAUAAAAAAAUACUGUUUAUGACUUAUUAAUUGGGAAUGUGUAACCAGUCGAGGUGGUAUUUUUAUCAGGUCUUAUCAUUUUCCAUUAAAAUAACUCCCGUUAGUCAUAAUAAAAUAAAAUAUGAAAAAACAGUGGACUGAAUAUUCUCAAAACCAAAUAUAUUCAACUUUUGAUUGUGGAGUUGAAGCUUAGUAUGACUCAUAAGCCAGCUGGAAUUAGUUUUUUGGGUUGUUUGAUCAAAGAUUAAAAAGGGAAAUGUCAUUUGCUAUAAGAACUGUGGUUAGCAAUCUGGAAGGUGGCAUUCUGACUCCAAACCAAAAUCAGAAAUUUGAUUUAAGGAGUCUAUUCUGCUGGAAAUAAUAUUUUCUGGAACCAGUGUAGCACUCAGGUCUUGAUCACUAAUGAUUAAAUCCUUCACAGAAGUGUUUAUGAAAGACACUAAUGGUAAUACCUGGGCUAAAUAUAAUUUUGGUAAUUACAUUUAGCUACUUUAUGUAAGCAUAGUAACAGUAUGUUUUCAGUAAUUGCAGCCUGUAAUUUCAAUAAUUCUGAUUCCUUGCAGUUCAUUUGGAUGUAUCAUUCUUGGCUUUCUGUACUUCAGCCAAUUACCACAUAUUUCACUUCUAUAUAAAUCGCAUGGAAAUCAGGGGAAUUAAUUCUUCAAGUAAGGUGACCUGAGUUUGACCUGUCAUGUUCCCGUUUACUGUAAACCCUUAAAACUAAAUUUUCUUUAGCAGUAGGGAAAAUGAGUUGUAUGUACAGGAGUUAAUAUAUCUUUGGGCUAUAAAAAAUGUGUAUAUUUUACAGACCCUAAGAUAAAUGUUAUAAUUAUGAAUAACCUGCUCUAUCAGGACCAGUUAGCCACUGCAGCUGACUUAUAUCAAAUUUGUAAUGCUGCAUAUAGACACUCUAGGAUGAAGAACUAUCAGCUUUAAAAAUGAAUGUUAAUGUUUCUGCCAGCUUGUGUUAGUCCUGAAAUUUGUCUUGCAAAGAACAUUUGUAUUUUCUAAUUGUAUCUAUUUAUUGCCGCCUUCUGCCUCCCAGAGAGAAAUACAAUUAAAAAACUCCCAAGAAUUCAGUGGUUACUGACCUUUAUGUAAUGUAUUCAUUUUGAGAAAAAUGUAUCUAGAGCAGAAGUGUGACAAUUUUAUCUUAAUGAAAGUGCACUGGGAAUUUGAACAUCUAUAGGAAAUUGUAGUUGCCAUGGAUAAAGAAAUUAAUGUUUGCUUGCUCCUAUGUAAGUCAAAGAAACCUUGAUGCACAGUGAGUUAGAGUGUGUUCUUUUUAAUCCUUUAAUGCCCAUUACCGAGUAUAUAUCUAUAACUAUACUGGUAAAUGUACAUAUUUAAAAGCCUUAUUCUGAACUCUGAUUGGAUGAUUAUAAGGAAAUGAUUGAUCAUGUAAAUAAAAUUAAACCCAUCUUCUAUAUUUGCAAGAUCAGGCUUUGGGGCUUAUAGGAGAACAGGAAGAGAUCCUUGUUCCAAUAUUCAUUGGCUUCAGUGAAGCCAAGAAUUGACCUAUACAAUAUAAUUACCUAAGUAAUUGAAACUUUUUUUUUCCCCCAAAGUACAGGAGACCAUUUAAAUAGUGUUUUGGUGCAUUUGUUGUUUAUUUCUGUUGUAUGUUGUGCUAUCAUGAAUGACUUCUUUGUUCUUCUGGAAUGUGUUACUUCAACAACAGAUGUCAGAAGAGCUGCCAUUGCAUCAUAGAUAAGCUCAGGCAGAUGCAAAUAUAAUGCCUUGAUUUAUUUUCCUGUCAUAUACCGGUAGAAGUGGGCACUACUCAUUGAGUGGGUGGGCAUGUGCAUAAAUUUAUGUUAAUUAUGUUAUGUCUUUAACAUAGCUGUACAAAUUUUUUGUGGAUUUGUGGAGUAUAAAUCUUUCUAGGAAAAUAAUGUUUUGUUCUGUCAGACUGCCGCACUAGCCCUCGCUAUCUGCCAUGUUUACUAUUAGCUCAAAAACCCCUAGUUUAGAAAUAGCGAUGAAACCUUCUAUGCACCUCUGAAAUAAUCCCACAGAUGUACAAUAGUGGAUGCUGCCCCUCCUACAGUAAUUCUGAAACAAUCUGUAAAAGUCUGUCUGGGGAUGGUAUUCAAAGAUGGAUAAAUUUCUGUAGUUCUUUAUCUUAGUCCCAUGGACAUUCUGUGAAGUUCAAAAUAUGAAAUUGAAUGAAAAUUUUCCACGUUGAAGCCGUGUUUUGGUAGGAGGGGAGAAAUAAAAAAAAGGCAUUGAUUUACUGUCCUUUUUGUUUUAACAGCUACUCCCAGUGUUUUCUUGUGAAAGUAAAUAGACUGUUAUUUGUUAAAGAUAACCAAGAAAUAAAAGCAAAACCCAUGUCAAUGGGUGAGCCUGUGAAACUUCAUCAGUCUUGGGCCAUUACUGAAGAGUAGACUGGGUUUUGUUCUAAAUAAGGCUGAGCUUUUUCAAACCGAUUUUUUGAUUGCAACAUUUUCGUGUAGGUCUCAAGACCCUUGUAAAACCUGCUGAUGUGGUUCCAAGUCUUCUAGGAGAGCUUUGCUGUUUCAGUACUGAAACAGGCUCAAAUGUCUCCUUGUUUGGUCGUUGCCGACUGUGGGCUACUGCAGUCCACAUAGGCAAAGGCUGUGUCAUCAACACUCAGCUAUCAGCUAAGCAUGGAUGCAAAAUUAGUGAUUUUUCUGUUUUACCUUUGAUGAACGCAUGAAGGGGGGUUUACUGCAGGUUGAUAGUAACAUUACUUGGAGUACAUUUUCUCUGUAGAAGCUGUUUCAAGCCCUAUGCAUUGUUUGAAUGCCAGAGGAUUUAAAUCAUCCCUGAGGUCUUGGACCUUAUUGUAGUUCACUGUGAAUAUCAGAGGAGUAAAAUUAAGCUACACCAUUUUUUUGCCAAGUGUUAAGGGAUAAAUACUGAUCUUGAUGGCAGAUUCACAGAAAAUGUUCCAUGUCUGCUCUCUUAAAACUUCUGUAAGGUAUAAAAUAAUCUGCUUUGAGGAGAGAGCAGGUUUCAAGGGCUAGAAGAUGGACAUUCAAAAAUGUACCUGGCAUUUAGAGCCAUAAUCCUGUCUUACUCAUGGAAGAUAUUAUUUGUAGAAAUAAGGUCAUCAGGAUCUGCUUCGAGAAAUCCUGAAAUAAGGGCUUCUAACUUUGAAUCUUCCUAUAAUGUGUUAAGUGCUUGCAUAGUGUUUCUGUACCACAGAAUAAUGUCCAAGUAGACAGCUGAUAUAAAAUGCCUGGAAAAACAAGGAAAAGAAAGAUAAAGUGUUUUGUUCUCAGAGUAAUACUGUUCUAAUACAUAACGUGCAUAAGCCUGACACUAUUUACCAGGCAGGUCUUGUUUUUCUGAAGUUUUCUUAUGGAGAACUUAAAGUAUGUUCUUGUUGAUGUUUAGAUUUUGGCUUUUAUA